UUCCCCUCAAGCUGCCCUGUCAGAACUAUCUCAUUACAACAAAUGAAUAUCGCAGUUGUAUUCACCGAACGUUUGCUACUAACGCCGUGAUUUGCAACCUCGAAUGAUCCUUAAAGUUAAUAAGCAUGUUGUAUUUACACACCACAAACGCAACACGGCAGCAGGUAUAGCAUAGACAUUAGCCAAAUUGGAAUAACACAGUCCAAAUAACGACUAUAAAUAAGCUCUGAGAGGUACGAAAUGCCAUUGCCUUUAACCUAAAAAGUGAGGACUAAUAAAAGAAUCAGACGACGUCUAACAGUGUUAAAAUAUUCAAUGAAAUGAUGAAAGUAGUUCAGGACAAUGCGGAUUAUCGACCUAAACUGUAUGCAUGCGCUCAGCUGUUUAUAACAUUGUCUUUGGUGAGCAUGCAGCAAUGGGUAGGGUGCUUACGUGGCCUAUAAAAUAACUCAUAAAAUAAGCUUCGAAAAUACUGUGUCGUUUGCAGCAAAGCUUUAACAUGAAGCAGCAGCACCAGCAAGUUGACACCCCCCCUUCCCGCAUUACGUCAUUCAUGUUUCAUUCAUAUCUUUUUCCAACGUCUAGCAGUUUGUAUUUAUUUAUUUAUUCUUAUUUUUCAAACUAGUGUUUGUUAUUGGGGAAGUGGGGUGCGUAUUUAAUGACCAGAGGCGAUUGAUUUAUACUUUAUUGUUCAGCCUUUAUGAUCACGUGUGUCUGCUGUCCAAUGGCAUGGCGGCGUGGCUCCCUGCACAUUACAAGCCCACUGUAGUUGUGUGAGGGGCCAAGUUGCUACUUGAUUUCUCCACAUUGUUAUUUUGUGAGGCUGGCUUUACUGCGUGUGUAUGUGUGUGUGUGCGUGCGUGUUUUUUGUUGUGUUGUUGUUGCAUGGCUCUGCUAACUGCGUGCAUGUGAACGUGUAGUACUUUGCGGCCAUGUCGACAUCCGGAGCGGUGACUAGUUACUACGUCGAUUCCCUCAUUCUCCCCGAGAGCGAGGAGCUCUCCAUGCCGAGAUACCCCACAGGGCCCGGGUACCAGCACGCCAGACAGCAUCCCCCUUCCAUCAGUGACCACAGCGAGCUCGGGGCUUGUACCUUCACGUCCAAACCGCCUGUAUUCGGCGCGUCAUGGAGCCACGUCCCCGCUCAGUUCCCAGGCACCGUCUCCUCUGUGUAUCAUCACCCGUAUGGUCACCCCCAAGGCCCUGUCGGCGCUGAGUCAGACGCCCGCUACCAGUCAUGGCUCCUGGAGCCCAUGACCGGAUUACAGACGCCCCACCAUUACGGAAUCAAACCCGAGGCUCAAGGAACGAUGCCCGGUUCGCACACGGCGCUGCUGCUCUCUGACUACAGCAGUGGCCCGGUGGCUGCAUCUGCCGCGGAGAAAGAAGCACUAUCGGGUCGGGGAGUUGACGUGGCCGUGGAGAGUGAAGAGAAGCAGGGCCUGGAUCCAAAUAACCCCGUGUCCAACUGGCUCCACGCGAGUGCAACCAGAAAAAAGCGCUGUCCGUACACAAAGCACCAGAUCCUGGAGCUGGAGAAAGAGUUCCUCUUUAACACCUACCUGACCAGGGACCGUAGGUACGAGGUGGCGAGGCUCUUAAACCUCACCGAGAGACAGGUUAAAAUCUGGUUCCAGAACCGCAGGAUGAAGAUGAAGAAGUUUAACAAAGAUGGCGCAUCUAAAGAUGAGUGACUCCAUAUGACAAAAUGAGGCCAAUAGCGAGCUUUUCCUGCUGGAGCCUCGUCUGAUUCAAAGCAGCAGAACCUAUUGGGCUUAAUUGUCUUGUAUAAAAGCAUGUUAGGCUCUCGUUUGAUGCGACUACCUUUUUAUAUUGCACAAUUUUAACAGUGCCCUGUUUUUUAGUUGUCCCUUUCAUAUGGUGUUUUUUUUUUAUUAGUACCUCGUUAAAGUGACUUAGUUGGUCUCUGUGCUUGUUUGUGUAUGGAUGUUUUCCAGCUGUGUGUUCUGGUUUGUAGCUUAUUUGUUGUCUAUUUCACAGUCACCCGAGCUAGUUUGUAAAAUGUGUUUGAUUUUUCAAUUGUUUCUUCUCUAUUAUUGCUAGAAUUAUGAGUUUAGUCUGACGUUGACCACAUAGUGUGAAGAUAGGUGCUACAUCUCAGAAAACCUCCUGGAAGUGCUUACUGCAUUAGAAUAUUCUAUAUUGAAGCUCUAUAUGUUACAUUACAUGACUGACUACCUAUAUGUGUUUAUCAACUACCUACAAUAACCUAUUUUCUCUCAUGACAAAUUGUUGUAGAAUCGCUUGCAUUAGAAACAGAAAUAAGCCUACAUUUCAGGAAUUGACUUUUUUUUUGGAAGGAAUUGUCCAUAGUGAUGAGAAAUUAAAUAACACUGUAGGUUAUAAUUGAUUACCUCUUGGUCCGCCGACCGUCUGUUUGGUUCUCAAAUGUAAUUUGUACUUUAUUUAUUAAAAUAAAACAAAUUAUAUCUGCACAAAAAGGGCUAGUGCUGAAUUGACGCUGCUUUCCUGUGUAUUGUAAGAAUAAAACACAUCAAAUACACAGAAACAAUGCAAAAAAAACCCAUAAUAAUAAAAAAAUGAGUAUAUUAUGUUGGGGUGUACAGUAAGGACGUAUGGCAGAGGAUGUUGAUGGCUCUAUAGAGCCGUAAAAGACAAUUACCGCUAUAACAUUUUAUGGGGUGCAAAGCGCUGCGAGGAAAGCGGACACAAAACAAGAAAAAAAGACAUGGAGGACUUGAACAGUUGAAGCAUAUCCCUUAUUUCUUUGAAUUAAAAUGACAAGCCACGUAUUGGACUCAAUCAAUUCGUUUCAGAAUAAAAUUCCAACAGAAAAGAUCGUCUUUGUGAAAGAUGUGGGUUUAAAACAUGGCCUCCUCCAAGGCAUGGUUCAAGUCUGUGCAAGUUGCCAAAUAUUUGACACAUGGACAGAACAUAUGGAAUCACAUGAUGGCUGAUUCCCCUCUGAUGUCCGUAUAGUUGCAGUUCAGCGUGAUAGUCUGCAUUAACAGCAGAAAAUGUUGGAUUAUUAGAAGACUCGCUUGAAGGUGAGACUCUGUUGUGACGCGCUUAGGGGGACGCAGAUGGACCCAAACUUCAAAGACUCGACAAGAGACAGUGCAAUAAAACGCCUGGUCUCCUAUACUGUCUGGCAUUCCACUUUUAAUGGCUUUAUGGCCGUCCAGACACAAUUAGGCUGUUUCCAGAAUGGCACCCAUUUGUUUUUUCUUCUCUUUGGGUCUGGACAAAAGGCCGAGCGGAAAUGAUCAGCUUUAUUGGAGUCUUCCCAACGGGGACGCGCAAGCAGGACUCACGGUCAUUUGGGCUGAGCCUUUGUUUCUACCUGGGAACAUUCCGCCCUCUGGACUCUAUUGCACCGCGUCGAGACAGCCAUAAAGACACACUCAGAUGCGGCUGUGCAGUUGGAGUAUUAACAAAUACAACUACUAAUAGGGAGCAUUAAAAUACGCCACCACUGGACCUUAAUAGUGCACUUAAUGCAUAACUGUCCACCAUUAAUAUGUGUAUUUUUAAUAUUUUCACAGAUACAACCAUUUUGUAUAACGUCCAGUGCAUUUUUUUUGUCCACUUACGCUGCAAAAAGCACAAAUUUAACGCCACAACACUACGGCCUUCGCUUCUUGCAGUUUCUUGAACUGACCAGAGGGUGGCGACACUGUUCCACAACAUGUCUUAAAGCUUUAAUAAGCCGUCUCCACUCUUUAAUGAACCUGCUGAGCGGUGCUGUUGGUGCGAGAAAUACUGUAGUAACAUUUUAAGAGUCCAACCAAACAAUUUGACACCUUUUUAACAAUCUCUGCACGG